AUGUCGAACCAAGAGAAAUACGCAGCUACUCAUCUUGAGGAUGAAAAGCACAUUCAACCAGAACACCUUGAAACCUCCCAUACUUUCGAUCCCGAAAAUGGACAUCAACCCACAAAGAGAGGAGCCAACACUCAACUCGAUGAUGCCGCUAGAUUGUUAGCAGAGGCAGGUGGUCAUGUUGAAUACACUCCAGCAGAGUCUAAGAGGGUUCUGCGAAAAAUCGAUUUGUUCGUUUGUUUACCCAUGUGUCUUGUCUACUUUAUCCAACAAUUGGAUAAAUCUUCCGUAUCAUAUUCUGCCGUCUUUGGUCUUCAAAAAGAAGCCGGCCUUGUAGGAACCCAAUACAGUUGGUUGUCCAGUAUUGUUUACAUUGCCCAAUUGGUUUGUCAACCUCUGUCAUCUUACGCAUUGAUCGUGUUCCCUGUCAAAUACUGGGUGAUGUUCAACAUGAUUUCUUGGAGUAUCGUUACCAUUGUCACUUGUGUCGGCAAGAACUUCACCGGAUUACUUAUUUGUCGAUUAUUCCUUGGUAUUUUCGAAGCUACAAUUCUUCCAUCUUUCGUUCUUAUCACUCAGAUGUGGUGGCUCAGAAGAGAACAAUCUUACCGAACCAUCGCAUAUCAAAUCGCCAACUCUUUCGCUGCUAUCUUUGGUCCUCUCUUGAGUUACGCUAUUGGAAGAGCCACCGAAUCAUCCAACGUCAUCAAGCCUUAUCAAGGUAUCUUCCUUUUCAUGGGUUCUUUCAGUUUAGCUCUUGUCCCUGUCGUUUGGUAUCUCAUGCCAAACUCACCUACUACUGCCAAAUUCUUGAGACACGGCAACGAUCGAUUAAUCGCCAUCGAUCGAUUGAAGGAGAACAACACCGGUACCAAAGCGUCUAAAUUCAAGUGGAGUCAAGUAUGGGAAACUUAUCGAGACCCCAAAACCUACAUGUGGGCCGGUAUGUGGUUCUGCGCUGCUUGUCCUUCAGGUGGUAUCGGUGCUUUCGGUGGUCUUAUUACCAAAGGUUUCGGUUUCAACACUUUCACCACUAUUCUCAUGCAAAUUCCAACCGGUGCCAUUGGUAUCACAGCUCUUUUGACAUGUAUCUGGAUCACCAACAGAAUCAAGAUGAGAUGGCCUGUCAUCGCUGUCAUUGUCUUAUUCCCAAUUGCCGGAGCAGUCAGUCUUACCCAAGUCAACCACAAGAAAGUCGGAGGUCUUAUGGCUUCAUACUACGUCGCCUACCUUUUCUCUGCCAUUCAACCCUUGCUCAUCUCUUGGUGUAACUUGAACGCUGCCGGAACCACCAAGCGAGUAGUCACCACCGCCACCAUGUUCGGUGCUCUUACCAUCGGUAACGUCAUUGGUCCCCAAGUAUACCUCACCAGGGAAGCACCAUACUACCACACCGGUCUUUACGUUGACAUUGGAUGUUGGAUCGUUGAAUUCAUCUUGGUAGUCUCAAUGGGUUUCCACCUUCGAAGACUUAACAGAAAGCAAGAAGCUAGACGAGUAGCUUUAGGUUUACCAGCAAACUUGAAAGAUAUCUCCCUUAUGCCUACAGCUGAAGCUGAAGCUUACAAGCUUGAAUUGGCUCAAUUAAUGUCUCAAGCAGGUGUAAACAUGGACACUUUGAACGAGAACGCUUUCGACGAUAUGACCGAUUUCGAGAACCCAAUGUUCAUGUACGUCUUGUAA